CGACGCCGGCGUCAGACCACUUUGGGCUUAACUCGAAGACCAGGACACAGAACGGAGCAGAAAACACCCAUAAACAGAUAGAAGUAAAAAAGGGAAGCACUUCUCAAAAAAUAUGGCGUUGAAGGAGAACAAUGCAGUGUAUCAACUCCAACCUUCUCAGAUAUGCGAAUCAUUCUUUGAUCACGACGCCCAGCACCAACAAGAACAACAAGGUUUCGCCAGACGCCAAUGGCGACGUGAAAAUGCUAUUCAUCUUGGGGAAAAUGAAAAAAGAGAAAAGGAGUUACUGAAUCAAAUUAUCAAGGAAGCUGAAGAAUAUAUUCAAGCUUUCUAUGAAAAAAGAAAGGUUAAUUGUGAGGCAAGCAAAGCUACCAACAAAAAAAGGGAGAAGAUAUACUUGGCAAACCAAGCGAAGUUUCACAAAGAAGCUGAUAAACAUUACUGGAAGGCAAUAGCGGAGUUGAUCCCUUCUGAGGUUGCCAAUAUUGAGAAGAGAGGAAGAAAAGCAGAAGCUGAGAAGAAGCAUCAAGUCAAUCCUAUUCAAGGUCCCAAGCCUGGGAAGCCUACAAAUCUUGCAAGAAUGCACCAAAUGAUUUUGAAGCUUCAACAGAACCCUCUGCCGCCCAAAGAAGACAACAAAGAUGGUAAAUCUAUGAAAGAUGGAGAGGAUGCCAAGAUUGGAAAAAUCUCAACCCCAACUGCAGCAAAAGAUGCUGCCGCUAAUUAG